AUCGGUGAAGGCCCUUGUUCUCUUCGCACGAACCAAUCAGAUAAGGUGAAGAUCCCAGCCCGACGACAAACAGUCUCCUCAGCUCUCACCGAACUUCUGAAGCCUAUGUUUCGCAUUUUACAGUUGCAUCUCAAAUACAUCUCUUCUCAUGUGGGUCAUCGUAGACGACUGGCGCUUACUCCUACCCACAAAAGCCCCGAUCGUCAAAUCCGAGCACGCUGGUUGGCCCGGGCUCGAUGUCCGUCGUCAUUCCAUCGGACUGUAUGUCAACGCCGCUUUGCGAGUCAUUCGUCGCACGCACAUACCGCAAAGGAUUACCGAUACGUCCGUAUCCACAGGGCUAGCGACUAACGACCCGGUUCAAACAGAGGGUGAGGCUCGCAAACUAGGUCACGUACCCGUUUCAUGCUUUACACGUUUGGCCAAGCCCUGACACUUUGUGAUACUGUGAAGGUCGUUCUCCGUAUGCGACUAUCGCUCGUUCGUGAGAGUGCCCUCCCUGUAGAUUGGUAAAUGAGCAGAAAACCAGGCUGAGGUCACAUCUGGACCAUCAUGCCUUCUGAUGGGACAGCCUCAUAUCCGGUAUCUAGGCUUUCAUCUACUAGUUUAUUCGUCAUCCUGCGUCAUUCAGUGUGGCUGCAACACCCAUUGGCCGCAAGCCGCAAGCCAGUUCGCUUUCAAAACAUUCACCCUGCAAUAUCAAUAUCACCGCUUAAUCAGAUAACCGCGAACACAUUCUGCUAAUCUGAUCCACAGUAGCUAGCUGGAUAAUCGGUCAGAAGACCGCAAUGGUCGUCAUAUGUAAUGAUCGUUCCAUGCCCAUUUCCGAUCUUCGAGAACGUUGAUGUUCGCUUGUCGGACCUGUUACGCCAUUUUCACUUUUGUAUUCAGCUCGUCUCGAAUGCAAACUUUGAAACAUGAGCUAGUCCACUAUUGCGGAACUGUUUGUACGGGCGCUCCGUUCGUCCAACGCAAGGAGUGCCACUUGGUGUUAAACUUCCAACUUUGAUCACUAACGUUUUCUGUGUGCAUUAUUCGUAGGCUGGAACUCUCAUUUUGCGCUCUACACGGACGCCGUUGCUUCAAGAAGCCCAACCCCGACGUUCGCUCACCUUCUCCUCUCACCUAAGACUUAGAUACACACCCGCUACCAGCAUGCGGCCACCUGCGCCAUGUUCUCGGGUUCUUAUGUGCGGACCGGAAUCAGGCGCUCAGAGUCGACUCUGCAAGCCGGGCUGCAGCGGUGGGAGUGACGUUCGCAAUUGCCUCAUCGGCCGAUCCGUUAGCCCGGAACCAUAUCUCAAGAACUUAACUUAACUCCUCCGGCCCUC